UAAAACGAUGGGAGCGCACGAGAACGCAGCGCAGGAGAGUAGUGCUUGUCAAGCCGCCCAUUCAACAUGGAAUUACGCGGGGUGCAUGGAAUUUGUAUAACAACCUGCUAUUUUCUUGCUGGAGGAUAACAACUUUCGAUUAAACACCCUAAUUAUGGGGAUGCGAUUCCUCUCCUUCAUGGAUGGUUAACUGAACUCCCAGCCUCGUUGCCGCCGCCGCAGCCGCAGCCAUGAUCGCCACCGGUGGGCUCCUGAGAAUCUCCCGGGGGCGCCAGGACUCCCUGCGCUCCAAGAACCGCGCCGAGAACAAGCGCAAGCGGAAAGCCAAGAAAAAGAGGAAGAACGAGGUGGUGGUGGUGAAGGGCAAGCUGAAGCUGUUCUCCAUCUCGGGGCUGGUGGCGGCCGUGGGCAUCCUCAUUCUACUGGUGGGCAUCGCUCUAGCCGUGCUGGGCUACUGGCCCAAGGAGAGUCCGCAGUACGUGGGUCUGCCAUCACCACCACCACCACCCCCACCACCAUCGCCACCACCUCAGACCUCGAAGGCCUCAGUGCUGGAGAGCCUCCAUGAUAAGAGGCUGGGCCAGUUGGCCAACUGGACGUCAACCGGUGGCGGCAGCGGGAAGCUCCUGUACCACUUGGAUGCGGAUUUGGCUUCGGUGAACUUCAGCGAAGUGGCGGACCAACCGGCGCCGGAGUUGGGGUUUUUCGCGCAGUUCCUGAAAACGCACCUGUACUCGGACCGGCUGAAGGUGCUGGGCCCCCUCAUCAUGGGCAUCGGGAUCUUCCUGUUCAUCUGCGCCAACGCGGUGCUGCACGAGAACCGCGACAAGAAGACCAAAAUCAUCAACCUCAGAGACAUCUACUCCACCGUGAUCGACAUCCACAGCUUGCGGACUAAGGAGAACGUGCCGCUCAACGGCUUCGUCAACUACGUGCAGUCCAAAGGCGUGGACGCCAAGCCCAGCGCCAUGUACACGGCCGCGCUGCUGGCUACGAGCUCGUGGCCGCAGGGGGGGGACGGCAAGCUGGACUUCGAGGGCCUCAGUCCGUCGAGGCGCCACUCGUUCGGGAAGUUCGAGUGCUCGUCGCUCGACAGGCAGAACUUCACGGACACGGUGUACAGCAUCUACAGGGAACAGAACAGGCUGGACAGGUCGGCGUCUAUUUCCAGGCAGUGGGAGGCGCGAACGCUCGUCCCGUCGUCGGUGAACGCGUUCACCCUCCCCAUGAUCAAGCUCAACAACCUGGUGAUGGAGGACAGACGGGCUUCCAUGAAGGUCGAACGGGCCAACCGGGAAAACACAGACUCUUCCGGCGACAGCCCGGACCACCCGCACCGGCCGCUGACCGUGCGGCACGUGGGCUGCACCACGGAGGCCAAGGUGGAGACGGGGCGCGCGGCGCACACCACCGUUCUCUCGCAGGACUCUGUGGAGGUGUACAAGAGCAGCGGCAGCCUGCUGGGGGCCUCCCCCAUCUCCCCCCAGGGCUCGCAGGUGCAGCUGCUGCCCGCCUCCCCCAGCCCCAAGGUGACUGGCUCACACCUGUCCCUCAGCGCCCUGUCGGACUACUCCAGGUCCGUCGACCUGGGCGUCUGCCCGUCCAGCCCCAAGCAGUGGCAGACGGAGCGGUCGCGCCGGCUCAGCUGCCCGCGGCUGGAUGCCUAUGCUGGGGGAGGCGGCGGCAGUGGUGUUGGUGGAGGUGGCUGCAGCAGCUUGGGUUACGUUAAGCUCGGGGACCUGGUGGGGGAGUCAUUCGAAUCAUCGGACGCCGCACAGCUCAGUCGAGGGACGUCCAUGGAGGUGUUGGAUAAGGACCAGACUGAAAACACCUCGGACGAUCAGGACGGGGAUGAUCUAGAUGAGGUGGAGGACGGGCAGGGCGGGAUGUGCAGGCAAUACUCCAAGCGAGACAAACUCAUUAUGAUCUCUCAGUCGGACGCCACUCUGGACGACGAGGAAAUCGAGAGCAUAGACUAGACUGGAUGGCAGAUGCAGUGGAGUGUCUGACAUUUUAAUGGGCUAGAGACGAGACGAAAUGUUUUAAGUGAUUUUCAAAAAUCUUCUCGGGGCUAUUUGAAGCCUUGCCGUGAAUAAACACCACAAACCCAUCUUUGCAAACGCAAGCACCAUCACCAAAAUAUCAUAGCAGGUCUCUGGCUAGCCAUUACCAUUAAUAUUGUAUGUAUCCAAUUUUGUUAUGGCUUCCCCAAAUUAAGUUUGCAAUAUCCCAUGAUGCAUUGCGAGAGUGUUUUUCUAAAUGAGGUAUCCCAGUGCAAGCAAGGUCAAACCCAAAGACUCUCUCCUUGAUGUCGCAGUCAGGUAAUUGCUUUCUUCUAGGGGGUUUUUCGAAGCAAAAAAUGAAAUAACGCUAGUAAUUAAAUAAAUAGAGAAGAAAAAAACAUUGAAGGUUAUACAUAGCACAGGUGUAUCUCCACCAGAUAAGACUGGUGAGCGUAUCAAUCAUGUGCAGUUCUCUUGUUGUGGUUGUGCCACCAACGUGCCACUUGUUUCCCUGUGUCGAUGACUUUAAGAGUUGCUGGCCCAACAGCAUGUGUUUUGUACUGUAGUGUCCCGCACACCUUUUGGAUACCAGGUGUUUGUUUUGGUUUUAAAAAAAGAGAGAUAAAAAUGUGUCAAUUCAAGACUAGCAAUAUCCUAUUUGACUUGUCUGAUUGCUUGUAAAAGGAACUAAGUUUGCAUUGACUUGUUGACAAAGGUAUGUUUUUUUUUUAAUUACACUUGUAUGUGACUUGCUUACUUUUUUUAGACUAGUCUUGCUUGUUUAGAGAUCUUUGGUAAAUCUGAAAAAAAAUAUGUAUGAGCACAACUGUCUUUCUCUUGAAUGAAAAUUCAACUGUUACACGUCCUUGACUCAGUUGGUGUUCACAAACAAACUCCCUUUGUGUUUGGGCUUUGUGAUUUCUUGUAACCCACCAAAACGCUGUAAAACACCACAACAUGAACAUGAUGAUGCUUGUAGUAGCCUUCUUGGUUUUGAACUCUCUGUCAGAAAGAGCCCGUCACAACCAACGACACUCAAACAGCCCAGCUCUUUGUCAAAAAAAUAAAC